UAUAAGUUCCAUAGAUUCUGGAAUCUGUUAAGUGAACUAUUUUAUAGAGGUAGAGUUCUUUUUUUAGCUGUAUGAAGAUCUAAUUCUGAGCAAGAAAUAACGUAACAACAUCUGCCUGUGGUUCCUGUCCAAUGGUGCUGGACCCUGAAAGAGUAAAAUGAAUCUGGAGAUACCAGAAAACUUCAAAGAUGUUGCUGUUGAUUUUUCAAGGGAAGAGUGGAAUACACUGACCAAAGAAGAGAAAGAUUUACACAGAGACGUAAUGGUGGAAAAUUAUAUGCACAUGAUUACAGUAGGGUACAACUUGCCUAAUCUGAACUUGUUUCUUCUACUUGAAAAACAUGAGAAGCUUGUACCAGCAGUUAAGGAAGAAAUCCUAUCCAGUCUUCAAAGGGACCUCUCUAAAGUUGCCUUCAGUAUAAGCAGGUCGGCAAGCAACAAUGAGGUUCAGUCUCAGAAGGAACACCGGAAUUCUGAAUGUGCCAAGAGUGUGAUAAAGAAAAUGCCUUUUGCAAGGAAUAUACGUAUUCCAUUGAGAAAAUGUCAAUAUAAAUCUGUUGAAAAUAGUAAUAGUAUUAACUUAGCAAAUGACCAAGAGCUGCAACUGCAGAGUUAUAAGAUGAAAAAAAUGUACAAACAUGGUGAAUAUAAAAAGAAUUUCAUCUCUACCAGUACCUUUGUAACACAUUUCCAAUCCUGCACAAAGAAAAGAAUUAAGAAUAGUAUCUUUUCCUGCUUAGUUAAAAAUUCCAAAACAUUUCAAGGAAGUAAAAGAAGAGAUAUGCACCAUGAGGGUAUGGUACUAGAUCAGAAAAUUUACACUGAAAAUAAACCCUAUAACUGGAGCAGGUGUGAAGUAAGCUUCAUACAGAACUGUGAACUGAUAGAAGGUAAAAACAUUCAUAGUAGGAAGACUGGACCUAUUCAUAUCUCAACAAUAAAAAAACUUAAGCAUUUAAAAAAAUUAAACAGGAAGAAGCUAAGGAAACAUGCAGCAUGCAGCAAUGGUAUUGUACUGAAGGAUAGCCUUACAUCCCCCAAGAAAGCCUGUACUGAAGUAAAACCAUAUAAAUGUGCAACAUGUGGCAAGAGUUUUACACAGACAUGCAAUCUCAAAUUCAAUGACAAAAUCCACUCACUUGAGAAUCCUUAUACUUGUGCUACCUGUAACAAGAAUUUGGGGAGCCCUAAAAUUCACGAAAAAAUCCCCACAAAGGUGAAAAUAUACAAAUGUGAAACAUGCAACAAGAGUUAUACACGGAAGAGUACGCUCACAACCCAUGAAAAAAUCCACACUGGAGAGAAACCAUAUAAGUGUGCAACAUGUGGUAAGAGUUUCACAAAGAAGAGCAAUCUAACAGUUCACGAGAGAAUACACACAGGUAAGAAACCUUAUACUUGUGCAACUUGUGGCAAGAGUUUUAUACAGAAGGUCAGCCUAAUAUCCCAUGGGAAACUCCACACAGGAGAGCAGCUGUUUAAAUGUCAAACCUGUGGCAAGAAUUUCACAAAGAAGAGCAAUCUUGCAGUUCAUGAGAGAAUACACAAAGGGGAGAAGCCUUAUGAAUGUACGACAUGUGGUAAGAGCUUUAUACGCAAGUACUGGCUUGCAUUCCACAUGGAAAGCCACAGUGAGGACAAACCAUAUAAAUGCAUAGCAUGUAGCAAGACUUUCAGUGUAAAGCAAAACCUUGUAAUUCAUGAGCGAACCCACACUCGAGGUAAACCGUAUACAUGUGAGACAUGUGGAAAGAGUUUUAGGUGGAAGAAAAGACUUGCAGUCCAUGAGAAAGGCCACAAUGAGAAUAAACCUUAUAUUUGUGCAACAUGUGGCAAGAGUUUUACACGGAAGUACAACUUAAGAGCCCAUGGGAAACUUCACACUGGAGAGCACCUGUAUAAAUGCACAGCAUGUGACAAGCAUUUCACAAAAAAGAGGAAUCUUGCAGUUCAUGAAAGAAUACACCUGAGAAAAGUCUUAUAAAUGCUCAGCAUGUGCAAAGAGUUUUACAUUAAAGCAAUACAUCACACCUCUUGAGAGUAAUCAUGGGGAGAAGAAUAAUGUGCACCCCAUGGCAAGAGUUUAAAUGGAAGUGACAGAGGCAGUAGGAAAGAGUUUUUUAAAACAACUAGUUUAAAAUCCUCUAUUGAUGAUAGAAAUCUGGCCACAGGGGUAGGCUGUGACCCUGCUGUGACAAAAGAAAGUAGUAGUCCACACAAAGUGAAAAACUCAUUAGCCAGGUGAGGCUUUCAGACAGGAGGACAACAGAAGAAAAAAAGAAAAACAUGUUUUACUUUUGUUGAGCAGUAAACCCAUAAUUUCUAAAAAGGGGAUGUGCUUCAAGAGCAUGAAAGGAAAGUAAUUUCUAAAAAGGGUCUGUGCUUCAAGAGCAUGAAAGGAAAGUAAAACACAGAAAAUUAAUUCUAGCUGAAAAAAAUGCCAGUGCAAAUUUAAGAUCUGAGACUGAAUACAUUCCAACAAAACAGCAUGGGGACAAAGAAACAUUGGUCAAGCUAGAGAAAUUUGCAGCUGAGCAAGUAUUAAGAUAGACGAAUUAAACACCAGAAGUACAUGAAACCCAAAAUGGGUGAAGUAUGGGUUCAGGAAAUGAAGAGGGAUUUGACAUGGUGUAAUAAUAACGGAUAUGCCAAAAGAAAAGAUGGCUGUGCAGAUAUGUAUACAUAUAUAUAGGCAACAACAACUAGUCAUGGCAAAUUUUUACAAAAAAAAAAAGAGAGAGAGAAUAACAGCAUGGAACUGGAAAAUACUGAGAAGCAAAUUGACACUGAAGUGGUAACCAGGCUAACGAGUAAAAGAUCUGAAGUGAAACUCAAUGCAAAUAAUGCACAGUAUGACAGUUCAUUAAAACAAAUACAUGCCUGGGAAGUUUCAGAGAAGCUUCGGAAGGAUAUCAGUAGUAAAGAUGGCUCAUUUAAGCAGCAACAUGCUCAAGAGGUGAUGUGUCUUUCGGCUUUUUCCCGGUUAGGGGUCGCCACAGCGGAACUCCGGUCCGC